CCCAAGUGAAUUCUCGCCACUUUUUCUGUCCCCUGAUCAAAGGGGAUCAAAGUUGGAAUAUGUGAUGCCAUCAAUCUAUAGCCUCAUCCACUUUACCUCAUCGUCCAUUCAACUCCGCACUUGCCCUCUAGGCCUGUUGCUCCAUUGUCGAUGGUGUGAACUGCCUGCUCUUCUCUGCCACAACUAUGCCUUCCGUCGCUUUCUUGAGCUCCGAAGUUGUCUCUACCCGUACUCUCUAUGACCGUGCUCAACAGUCGGAGCCGCCUGGCCCCAAACCCAAGACCCCCAUGAUCGCAGGGGCCACCAUCGGCAGCGUUAUGGGCGUGGCCUACUUAAUUGGAUUCACUAUCUACUUCUACAAACGCUGGAAACGCAAGAAACUCAACCGACAGAUCGAAGCGGGCCAAGCCACGCCGAAAGUCCGCCCCGAGCCCAAGGAGAAGGUCGUGAUUCCUCCUGACCCCGCUGUGCUCCUUGGCCAACACGAAGGCGGAGAAAAUCUGUCGGCGGCGCGGUGAACGGGGCUACAGGGUCGACGUCGCACCUUGUGGGGUCGGAUAUGGCAGAGAAGAGUCGAAUGUCGGAGGAGGAGGGGCCGUCGACCGGUGUGCUAUGAUUACUUGGACGAUAUAUUGCGUACAUUCCUACUUAUUUCCAGUUCAUAUCUUACACUCUCGGUCGAUGAAUCAAUCAGUCGCAGUAAGCACCCAUGCUGGCCGGCUGCGGAGUACAUCAGACAAGGUUACAAGCGCAGUAUCCGCCAUGCGACUCACGGCUACGUCCCUCGCAUACCGCA